GGGGGGGCAGCGCGGCGCGGCCGGUUCCAUCGGCGCGGCGGGCGCGGGGGCGCCAUGAGGCGGGGCUGAGGCCGGAGCGGGAGCGGCACCGGGACUGGCACCGGCACCGGGACGGACACGGAGCCCGGCGGGCCCGGCCGCCGCGCCAUGCGAGCGGGCUGAGGGGCGGGCAGCGCCGGGGCACGGCACCGAGCGCCGGGGGCGCGCCUCCCGAAGAAUUGAAGGUGCUGGUGUCUUGCCCUGCCUGGAGCCUGAGGUCCCGUGUGCCCAUCCGCCUCCCGACGUCACCAAUGCGACCAUGGGAACUGGCAGUGAAUAGGCGGCCGCCCUCUGCCCCUUUUGCCCAGCGCCGUUUCUCGGGGGGACCCUGCAGCAGCCCCGACCACCUCCGGCGAAGCCCCUCUGCCAGGCGUCAGUGGGGACGACGCGAUCGACCUCUGGCAACCCUGCUGGGCCAGGAUGAGCCCCAGGUGCACCCUGCCUUCCCCCAGCAGCCGCACAUCCCUGUAGAUGAGCCCCGCGCCUACGCUCUUCCCAGCACGCCGCCACGAAUGCUUCACCCAGCCGCUCACCCACCCCACCAGAACCCAUUCAUGGUGGAUCUGCAUGACCAGGUGCACCAGGGACCUGUCCCUCUCUCCUACACGGUUACCACCGUAACGACGCAAGGCUUCCCCAUCCACGCUGGCCAGCACAUCCCUGGGUGCAGCACCCAGCAGCUCCCAGCAUGCUCAGUGAUGUUCAGCGGACAGCACUACCCGCUCUGCUGCCUCCCACCCCCGCUGAUUCAGGCAUGUGCCAUGCAACAACUUCCCGUCUCCUAUCAGACAUUCCCCCCCAUCAUCUCCAGCGACCAUUACAUCCUGCACCCACCCCCGCCACCAGUGCCCCCCCACCAGCCGCCCCACAUGGCCCCCCUGGGGCAGUUCGUACCUCUCCAAGCCCAGCAUCCACGUAUGCCUCUGCAGAGGAUAGACAAUGACGUGGACCUGCGAGGGGAGCAGCACCCCAUCGCAGGCUUCACUUACCCUCCGUCUCACCACGCUCCCACGCUGUCGCCCUCCAUGCCGCUGCAUUACCUCCCCCACGACCCGCUGCACCAAGAACUGCCAUUUGGCGUGCCAUACCCCCAUAUGAUGCCCCGGCGGCUGAACACCCAGCGGUACCGGCUGCAACAGGCGCUGCCCCCACCGCCGCCCCCUCCGCCGCCUCCUCCCUACUAUCCGAGCUUCCUGCCCUAUUUCCUUUCUAUGCUUCCUGUGUCGCCAACGGCCGUGGGCCCCACGAUCAGCUUAGACCUGGACGUGGAUGAUGUGGAGAUGGAGAAUUAUGAGGCACUGCUGAACUUGGCCGAGCGGCUGGGGGAGGCCAAGCCACGGGGACUCACCAAAGCAGACAUCGAGCACCUCCCGUCAUACCGCUUCAACCCCGAGAGCCACCAGUCUGAGCAGACCCUGUGCGUCGUGUGCUUCAGUGACUUUGAGGCCCGGCAGCUUCUCCGCGUCCUGCCCUGCAACCACGAGUUCCACGCCAAGUGUGUCGACAAAUGGUUAAAGGCAAACCGCACGUGCCCGAUCUGCCGGGCGGACGCGUCGGAGGUGCAGCGGGAGGCGGACUGAGGCUGGCGGGCGCUGUGCCGCACAAUUCGCUAGAGGACAAGGACGCCGGGCUGGGGCGGGGGCUGCUGCCCGCUGCUAGGGCCUGACCCUGCGCUUACCCCCCCUCCCCAAAGCCUCUCCUCGGAUGUGGUGAGCAUUGAGCAGUCUGGGCUCCCGGCCAGCCCUCCUCCUCCCCGCCGGGGCACGGACUCAGCCGGACGCCUGCCCGCUGCGCUCCCAGGGCCCCGAAUCGUGUUGUGCUGGAGGCGGGAGGUGCGUGGCCGUGCCCUCUGCGCUCCAAAGACGCUGUUGUUGCUCCAUCACUUUCCAGGUCUUUGUACUCUCCUAGGGAAUUAGUGGUUUUUCCCUUUGUCACUAUUUUUUUUUUUUUUUUUUACGAUAGUUUUUUUCCCCCCUUGUUUCCUUUUCAUUUCCGUCAUGUUUUUGGUUCCUUGGCCGUUUGCCCUAGGGGCACGCAGGCGGCUCCUCCCUUCAGCGUUGCUCUCGGAGGACGUGGGGAGGAGAGAGGAGGGAGCGCUGCGGGUUUGAUGCCGGCAGCACCCCGGCCCCGGGGACAGCCGGAGGAGGUGGCUGGCGGAGUGUGGCCAAGGUGGGACACCAGCAACCCCGCGGCGUGGCUGGGGCAGAAAGGCAGGAACACAGGAAUGCCUCUGUCCCCGCUCCUGUGCACAGCCUGGCACGACCUCUCUCCUGCCUCGGCUGCCCUGGGGAGCCCCAGAGGGCUAUGGCUGCUUGGGUCUUUCACCAGUGGGAGGAUGGUACUGGCACAGCCCUGGCCCCCUCUCCCUGUUCAUUCCCCUGUGCCUGGCCAGUGCAGCUCCCGGGGCCAGGCCAUGUGGCAUCCCACAAGGCAGCCAAGCUUGAGGAGGGGAUACCAACCCCAUCCCUAGGGCUUUGGGCAUGUGGUGUCCCCGGUGUGCUGCCCGGCCCCCGGCUCCUGCUCGUAUCUCUGUCCCGACGAUGUAAAUCAAGGUAGCCCCGUGCCCCGUCCUGCUGGCUGGACGGCGCGGUUUCCCCGCCGUGGGCAGCGAGGGGCCGGCUGGGCUGCGGCCCCCAGAGCGGGGGGGUUUUAUUCCUAACUUCGUGGAGUAUUUUCAGUGCUACCCUGGCCUUGGCCCGGCUGGUGCGGGGGAAGCUGUGAGCAGUCCCCUUGCCACCGUUUUCCCCCUGCCCUUGCAGGCGCUGGGGGAGAAGCCGCCACGCCGCCGCCCGGCUCCAUCAAUCCCGCGUGGCCGUUGUUUUGCAUGAUUAAUUAGCGAGGAGGGUGACGGGAGGCGGUGGCAGGGGUGGUGGUGAGAGCACCGCCCUCCCCUCCCGGCGCGUCGCUGACGCCUGGGAGCUUCCGAGCGGACGCCAGCCCUAUGUAAAUGUUCACAAAUAUGCAUGCAUGUCUGACCAGCUUGGAACGUGGUCUUGGCUACGUCUAGCCGGCUGUGGGGUGAGGGGGGUGGGGAGAGGGGUUUUUGUGCUCAGCUGAUACUGCCAUGCACUGUACUGCACAUGUCCGCAACGCCACAGCAGGACCGUGAGACUUUCAGGGCCGUCCCGCGGGGUCCGCGCCCGCGGCGGCGGCGUGUGCAAGGGACCGGGGUGGGCGGG